AUCCUCCGGCCCUCUGAAUUCCUGCAUCCCCAUCCAGAAGUUGGGGUCCGGUUCCCGGCCACCCCAGGCAGGGCAGAAUGGCAGAAACGCUGGAAUUCAACGACAUCUACCAGGAGGUGAAAGGCUCCAUGAACGAUGGCCGCUUAAGGUUGAGCCGCCAGGGCAUCAUAUUCAAGAACAGCAAGACGGGCAAAGUGGACAAUGUCCAGGCUGGGGAGCUGACUGAGGGCGUCUGGCGACGGGUAGCUCUGGGCCACGGACUGAAACUGCUCACCAAGAACGGCCAUGUCUACAAGUAUGACGGCUUCCGAGAAUCGGAGUUUGAGAAACUUUCUGAUUUCUUCAAAACCCAUUACCGCCUGGAGCUCAUGGAGAAGGACCUCUGUGUGAAAGGCUGGAACUGGGGGACAGUGAAGUUUGGGGGGCAGCUGCUCUCCUUUGACAUCGGGGACCAGCCUGUCUUCGAGAUACCCCUCAGCAACGUGUCCCAGUGCACCACGGGCAAGAAUGAGGUGACGCUGGAGUUCCACCAGAAUGAUGAUGCAGAGGUGUCCCUCAUGGAGGUGCGCUUCUAUGUCCCUCCCACCCAGGAGGAUGGCGUGGACCCCGUCGAAGCCUUUGCCCAGAACGUGCUGUCGAAGGCAGACGUCAUCCAGGCCACUGGAGAUGCCAUCUGCAUCUUCCGGGAGCUGCAGUGCCUGACCCCACGUGGUCGCUACGACAUCCGCAUCUAUCCCACCUUUCUGCACCUGCACGGCAAGACCUUCGACUACAAGAUCCCCUACACCACGGUGCUGCGCCUCUUCCUGCUGCCCCACAAGGAUCAGCGCCAGAUGUUCUUCGUGAUCAGCCUGGACCCCCCGAUAAAGCAGGGCCAGACCCGCUACCACUUCCUCAUCCUGCUCUUCUCCAAGGAUGAGGACAUCUCCUUGACCCUCAACAUGAGCGAGGAGGAGGUGGAGAAGCGCUUUGAGGGGCGGCUCACCAAGAACAUGUCUGGGUCUCUCUACGAGAUGGUCAGCCGGGUUAUGAAGGCGCUCGUGAACCGCAAGAUCACGGUCCCCGGCAACUUCCAAGGGCACUCGGGGGCCCAGUGCAUCACCUGCUCCUACAAGGCCAGCUCAGGGCUGCUGUACCCGCUGGAGCGGGGCUUCAUCUACGUGCACAAGCCACCUGUGCACAUCCGCUUCGACGAGAUCUCCUUCGUCAAUUUUGCCCGCGGCACCACCACCACCCGCUCCUUUGACUUCGAGAUCGAGACCAAGCAGGGCACGCAGUAUACCUUCAGCAGCAUCGAGAGGGAGGAGUACGGAAAGCUCUUCGAUUUUGUCAAUGCGAAAAAGCUCAACAUCAAGAACCGAGGACUGAAAGAGGGCAUGAACCCAAGCUAUGACGAGUAUGCGGAUUCUGACGAGGACCAGCACGAUGCCUACCUGGAGCGCAUGAAGGAGGAGGGCAAGAUCCGGGAGGAGAAUGCCAACGACAGCAGCGACGACUCGGGCGAGGAGACGGAUGAGUCCUUCAACCCUGGGGAGGAGGAGGAGGACGUGGCUGAAGAGUUUGACAGCAACGCCUCGGCCAGCUCGUCUAGUAAUGAGGGUGACAGCGACCGGGAGGAGAAGAAGCGGAAACAGCUCAAAAGGGCCAAGAUGACCAAGGAUCGCAAGAGCCGAAAGAAGACUGUGGAGGCGAAGAAGGGCAAAGACCCUAAUGCCCCCAAGAGGCCGAUGUCUGCGUACAUGCUGUGGCUCAACGCCAGUCGGGAAAAGAUCAAGUCAGACCACCCCGGCAUCAGCAUCACGGACCUCUCCAAGAAGGCCGGCGAGAUCUGGAAAGGGAUGUCCAAGGAGAAGAAGGAGGAGUGGGACCGCAAGGCUGAGGACGCCAGGAGGGAGUACGAGAAAGCCAUGAAAGAGUAUGAGGGAGGCCGUGGUGAGUCUUCCAAGAGGGACAAGUCGAAGAAAAAGAAGAAAGUGAAAGCAAAGAUGGAUAAGAAAUCUACACCCUCUCGGGGUUCUUCGUCCAAAUCAUCAUCCAGACAGCUAAGUGAGAGCUUCAAGAGCAAGGAAUUUGUGUCCAGUGACGAGAGCUCUUCAGGCGAGAACAAAACCAAGAAGAAGAGGCGGCGCAGUGAGGACUCUGAAGAUGAGGAACUGGCCAGCACCCCUCCCAGCUCAGAGGACUCGGCAUCAGGAUCUGACGAAUAGAGAUGGAGGACCCUGCACCUGCCAUCACAGCACCAGGCUCCCACCCACAUCCUGGCAUCAGUCUGUCCUCCCACGAUGCGCGGUCUUUGGAUCACAUGCCCUCUGAGCGCGCUUCACGGGUGGCAUGCAUGUCACGGGGCCAGGGGCCGCUCCUUGUGAUUGGGAGAGAGUGGACAGUAGGCCAAGCAGCGCAGCAUCCUAGCCCUGGUCUGCCCCUGGCAGCUGCUGGUCCUGUGUUGUUGGUUUGGCAGGGUCAGGACGGGGGCAGGCCAGUGGCUACUUUGGGGCCUAUUUCUACUUUUAUUUUGUAUUUCUGGUCUAUGAAAUCAACAUUUAAUAAAGGAAUCUGACUUUGGAA